CAUGUCAAAUUUACAUUCAUUUCAUGCUCAUUUCAUGUUUAGAAUAAAAUCAAAUUUGAUCCUCAUAUUUUCUUGUUCUUCAAUCAAGUCCUUUAAGUCAUGAUUUUCCAAAAAAAAAAUGUACAAGCUAUCAUUCGAAGAAGUUCUCACCAUCUUGCAUUUUGUUGCAUGUUUCAAACUUGUGGGCCUUAUUCAACUAAAUCCAAAGCAUUUCACAUUUUUGAAAAAAAAAAAAGAAAAAAAGAAAAAAAAGAAAAAGAGGUUCUUCCAAGAUAAAUUCAUGAAAAGUCCAUCUUUUAAACAUCAAAAUAAUUUGAGCACAUGAUUUUGGAGCAUCACAUCAUCCAUUUUCUCCAAGUAUCACACCAUUCACCUUUUCUUCAAGCUUCAAGUGCGAUUCUUCGUCAAUCAAGACACUUUUGAAAUAUUCAUCUAUGGAGAAAGUUUUGACCAACAAAGGAUUGAGGAAAUCUCCAAGUGCAAGCGUUUCUCUCCUAUCAUUCACAAUUGCCAAAUCCAAGGGGGAUUCAUCAAGGAAAAGAAUGUUACUCCUCAUUAGACAAUUGUACUUUGAAAGAUCUAGGAAUCAGAUUUUACUAGGGACUUGAAUGCUACCAUGUUGAUGUACUUAGUGUGAUGCACUAGGCUUUUACUUUGUAAUGAAUGACCAGCUUUGUAAUGCAUGUUGAACUGCUUGUAAGUGUCUUUUCUAUAGCCCUCGAAGUCUAUGGAAAUCUCAAGGCGUUCUUCAUCCGAGGCUCCUUAAGGAUUGGAAAUCGACAAUGUGUGAAUCCAUAUAGCAAUUGUUGAAGCACUAAAUCAUGCAAAAUUAU